ACGGCGGCGGCUCUCGACCCGGGGAAGCCGAGCGCACCGACCAUGGCCUCCAACUUUAACGACAUAGUCAAGCAGGGCUACGUGAAAAUCCGCAGCAGGAAGCUGGGGAUUUUCAGACGAUGCUGGUUGGUUUUCAAGAAAGCAUCUAGUAAAGGACCCAGAAGGCUAGAAAAAUUUCCCGAUGAGAAGGCAGCAUAUUUCAGGAACUUUCAUAAGGUAACUGAACUGCACAACAUCAAAAAUAUAACCAGGCUGCCUCGAGAGACAAAGAAGCAUGCAGUGGCAAUUAUCUUUCAUGAUGAAACGUCAAAGACAUUUGCCUGUGAAUCAGAGCUGGAGGCUGAGGAGUGGUGCAAACACCUCUGCAUGGAGUGCCUGGGGACCCGGCUCAAUGACAUCAGCCUUGGGGAGCCUGAUCUCCUGGCGGCCGGCGUGCAGAGGGAGCAGAACGAACGAUUCAAUGUGUACCUUAUGCCUACACCAAAUCUGGACAUUUAUGGCGAAUGCACAAUGCAGAUCACGCACGAGAAUAUCUAUCUCUGGGAUAUCCACAACGCCAAGGUCAAGCUGGUGAUGUGGCCCCUCAGCUCACUGAGGAGAUACGGGCGGGACUCGACGUGGUUCACGUUUGAGUCGGGCAGAAUGUGUGACACAGGAGAAGGACUGUUCACUUUUCAAACAAGGGAAGGAGAAAUGAUCUAUCAGAAGGUCCAUUCUGCGACACUGGCCAUAGCUGAGCAGCAUGAGAGAUUAAUGCUAGAAAUGGAGCAGAAGGCCCGGCUUCAGACAAGCUUGACGGAACCCAUGACGUUAUCCAAAUCGAUCUCUCUUCCUCGAAGCGCCUACUGGCACCACAUCACCCGGCAGAGCAGCGUUGGAGAGAUCUACAGUUUGCAAGGUCACGGGUUCGGGCCCUCGAAGAUGGCACGUGCGCAGACCUUCCCCAGCUACGCCUCGGAGCAGAGCGAGGAGACGCAGCCGGCCCUGUCGCGCUCCAGCAGCUACGGCUUCAGCUACAGCUCCAGCCUCAUCCAGUGACACCCCGGGCGAGGCUGAGACCAGAGAGACCGUCUGUCCGGACCGCCUGCCUGCCUGCGGGGCGCGCGCCCUCUGCCUCCCGGAGGACCAACUGCAGGGAACAUUGACAUGGGUCUGGUCUGUCCCCAGUCCCGGUAGAAGGUUCAAAACUGGAGUUCUGCUUCCUUGAUUCUGUGGCUAAGUCCUUUAUUUAUUGA